AUGUCGUCGCCCCCAGACUAUCGUCGCCCGCGGGAGCCGGCGACUUCAAACCGGCAGCUGAGGAAUGCCUUCGCCGAGUUUGGAAUCGACGCCUCCAAUUUUGAAACGCAGUCAGAUGCUGGCUCACCUAGGGGCUCACCUUCUCACCUUCUCUUGAACGCCAAAAGUCUUCCCGCUCUUACCAAACCGGCUUACAAUUCACCCGAGUUCAACGAGGACUACGAUGACGGCGUCCAGCCGUUCUGGGGAUAUCCCCCAUCUCAGGUCGAUCACAACCAGGAAGCUGAGACAACCCCUUUCCAGAGCGUUCAACACAGCGAAUCUCAGAUCCAGUCUGCUGCCACCGAUGAAGCCCCUCGACCCUUCACCAGAUCCCGCAGGACAUUUGACGCCCAGGCCGUAUAUCCCGCUGAGGCCUGUCUCUUCGUUGCCAAUCUCCCUCAGAACGUCGAUGAUGUAACCAUCGAGAGAGACCUCACUGUAUUCUUUGGUCAAUACGGGACUGUCUUUAUCAAAGUGAAGCGUGAUCGACGACUUAUGCCUUACGCUUUUGCUCAGUUCACCGAACGCACACAUGCCGACUUUGCUUUACAGCACGCAAGUGGUCUUGAAAUCAUGGGUCGCUAUCCUCGCCUGGAAAAGUGCGGAGGAAACUUAUCCUACAUCAUCUUCCGCAAGGACAAACGCGCAGUUCAAUAUGAUGAUGCCUACAACAUUUUCUCCCCAUAUGGAAAGAUUGCCAAGAUCGAAACUUUGGACUAUAAAGUCCAAAUCAAGCUCCAUGUGUCUCCAUCCAUGAUGGUACAGUAUGAGAGAUUCGAUCCUAAGCGAGACGUCAUCAAAUCUUUCGGCCACUCUGAUGUCUUUAUCAUCAUGUUGUAUGACCCUAAGAUCGGCCAAGAUCCUUCCGAACGCACCUCUGGUGACCGAACCUUCAUGGAGAUCUAUGACAAGAAUCGUCGCUCUAUCUUCAUGGGCAACAUGCCUGCACACACCGACGAGCGACUUGUCAACAAGCUGGCUUCUCAGUGCGGAGACGUUGCUUCUGUUGAUCUUCGCAAUAUUCCUGAUGCGAACGGAGGUGCUCCUAAUGUCUAUGCCUUUGUUGAAUUCGAGCGCCCAAAUGCCCCUGAUGAGGCUGUGCGCCAGUUCAACGGAACACAUGUCGAGGGUUCCAUCUUGCGAGUUGAGCGAAGGCGAACCAGGCCUCCUCGCGAUACACGAAGCUUCUCGGUCUCACAGUCGAUGCGACCACUUCCACUGGUACCGCACCUGCGUCCUGGCCGUUCUUCCUCUGUGGCUAUUGAAGCUGUGGAUCAACAGAACGACCAUUGCAGUGCAGACUCUACAUCUUCUACACUUGUCGAUCAUGAAACAAACCACAGCCGCGCAGGAUCUGUGGAUACCACUGCACCCGUCGAACACCACGGCCACCAUAGCCGCCUAGGAUCUAUGGUUGCUACACCCCAGCCUCGUCACUUAGGACCUAUGGCUGCUACACACUUGAACCAGCAUAACCGAUCUGUAUCUAUGGCUGCUACACGCUUUGGUCAUCAUAACCGCUCAGUGCCUAUGGCUGCUGCCCCUAUUGCUGCGCCUAGUCGUUCUGUAUCUAUGGCUGUCGAUGCACCUAUUAACCAACAAAGGAACCACAACCACAUGAAGUCGAGCGAUAGAAUCCCCCCUAUUCCCCAGAACGCCCGCCCAUUGCCAGUUCAACCCGAACACUCCCGACGUGCGUUCCUUUCCCCCAACAAGAUGCUCGCUUUCGGCGCUGGCGAACUAGAUGAGUACACUCCUAUUAACUCUCCCGAUAAAGUGAGUGGACCGAACGUCACCGGCAACAAUGUCCACUGGGGGCAAUCGCAAUUCAUUGAGGCAUCUCCUGAGUACUUCUCCCCUGCUGGAUCAUCUCCUAUUCACCACGAACCUCACGAUACUCAAAUCGGAUCCUUCGCUGAGCGCUUGGCUACCCAAGGAAGCCGCUCUGUGUCUUAUAGAUUCUCAUCGGCUGCUCAACAUGCCAUUGAUCGAUGCGAGACAGCGGUCGAAGACAAGAAGAAUGAUGUUGUCAAAGGGCACCGUCGUGGCCCUUCUGCUCUCUUCCCAACCGCACCAGCCUUAGAUCUUGAGGUUACAGGCAGUGACGGAUCCAGCUCGUGGCGAACUAUUGGCUCUUCAGAGGAAGAGGAAGGCUUCAAGGAGAAGAAGGCCGAGAGCAGGACCAAACUCCGACGUGGCUGUCUAUCCGAACAGAACUUGAAGCGAAACGAACUUGCUUACAAGGAGGUCAACAAAGACCACAAGUCAGAGGAGAACCUCAAGGUGAAGAAGAGAGUUUCGUUCAAGAGCGAAGCAUCUAUCAUCUACCACAGCCCCGAGUCAUCUAACCAGACAUCCAUCCACCAAGCGUCUAGUCCUUCCUCUUAUGCUGGGUCCCAACUGCAGGCACAAAUGAUGACGCCGGCGCUUCCUCCUCCUCCCGGAGGUCUGGUCUAUGUUGCUGUACCUGAGUCCGUUGCUGCGCAGUUGAGCAAUGCUCACUUCUACGGCUAUCCGUCCCACCAGCAUGAGGCUCAGUACCAAGCGCCUCAUCGAGUCUAUCAGAAUCACCCUCAGGCUCACUACCAGGUUCACAAUCAGGUCCACAACCAGACCUUCUAUGGCGAGAGUGCUGGCGCUAUGUACCGAGCCCAGCCGCAGGUUCCCUUCGGGGAGAGUGUCCAGACACCAUACUAUGGAUACACUCAACCCGCCUACGACGAUCGUACUGUGAGGUACCAGAGCCCUCGGGUUCAGUACCGAGGAUCCCAGCAAGGGGAUCCUCAGGGUAACCCUUACGCGUCGUACGCUCCCGCCGCCGAGAGCCCUCACCAGAGGCGACAGCGUGUCGAGGCGGAACGAUACCGCCGCUACAACGCCUAG